AUGGAUUUUGGUUCUGGAAUAAUCAAUUUUUACGGUUCUUGCCCUGGAGGCCUGAUGAAGAAGCUGCUGAGAGAAGACUCCGAGCAGGUGCGAAAGAUAAAAUCCCUACAAACGACCUAUGCGAAAGAUGCGCUUUAUGGAUGCUUAUACGCCUGUGGUGGGGACUUGAGCAUCGCCAACAAUUUCAUCGCUGCUAUAGACUCACUCGAUGAGCUCUCUAUUAGCAAUUACGAGAAAGAUGUGUCUAUCCUAUGGCCUGCGAUAUACCGCCAUGCAGAGACUUUGAAGAGCUUGUCGCUUCACUCGACACCUGAAUAUUACGAUUUCAUUACCGUGACGCCAGCGAUAGCAAGAAGGAUUGUCGCUGGAUUUCCGCAUCUUACGCAUCUGACUGUGGAUGUCAGCGCCCGGGAAGCUGAGAGGUUGUUUGAAGAGGCCACUGGUUCGUCUAACCGAGGCCAGCCACAAGAAAGCGCAACGAUCGAUGAGUUGGCGAAGAUGGAUCGUCUUAAAGAGAUACAGCUAGCCAUCAAUCUGGAUGAUAAAGUCUCCCCUUUCGCAGGAGAGAAUAAAUAUGAUGUGAUGGGUAGCAAGUCAUUUCCCAAUGUCAAUGUCGAAAACACUCUGAUCUUGGCUCGGGCCAUUUUCAACAAAUUCCGCGAGAGCGGCGCACAGUCUUCCCUUGAGAAGGUGACCAUUCGAUUUUCUCGUCACUGCUUUUCUGACCGUUUCCAAUAUGACAUUGUUAUGACCACUGUACAAGUUAUAAAGGACGGACCGGACUUCAAGACGGAGGGAGAUGGAGGAUGGGACUGGAGUCCCGAAAGGGUAUCAAUGGAACUUUGGAAUCAAAUUGUGAAGGCCGACAGCGAGAUUACUAGGCGGGCUGACUAA